AUGCGUGCCGUAUCAUCAGCCGGCGGAAUUUUCGCUCGACCCGCUCAACAAUCGCAUUCAACCAACCUGACCAGAAGUAUAAAACUACCCAGACACCGUACCGAUCAGUACAGUAGGUUGAGCCACUUCAUUCCAGGAUAUUUCGGUGCGCGCGCACACGUCUCACGUUUCGAGCAAACACACAGGAGAAAAAUGACCACCAAAUCGCUUGUGAGCGUCGCGUUGGUUGCCAGCAUUUUGGUAGCCUGUGUGAGUGGAUUCCACAUGCCGCAGUUGCAUGCGCCCAAGUGCAGUCACAAGGUGCACCCGGUAGUGCAGCAUCAUCCGGUCGUACCGUUGGUGCAUCAUCCCGUCGUACAGCACCACGAACCUGUGUCCGUUCCGGUAGAGGUAGUCAAGCACACGAGUGCCAGCUUCCGGCCCGCUUCCUUCCUUGAGCUGCUCGAGAUCGUACUCGAUUGCUUCAACACGCUGCGCAUUCCGCUGCAACGGUUCCCAUCGUACCUGUCCGGUAUCUUCCCGGAUGAUGCGGAAACCAAGUGCUUCCUGCGCUGUAUGGCGAUCAAGCUUGGUGUGUACUGUGACGAAGCGGGUGCCGAUCUUGACCGUCACUGUUUGCAGUUUGGACUGGGUGAGUGUUGCGAGAACUUUGCCAACCGGCAUCUGGUCUGUCUGCAGCAAAACUCUCUUCCCUGCCCGGAUCGGUGCACGGCUGCAUACAAGCAGGAGCUCUGCUUCCAGGAACCGAUCGCCAAAUAUCUGGACUACCACUUCCACGAGCUGGUUGGGCUGUUGCAUCAGGCCAAGUGCAGCCACGAUCUAAAAAUGCUGCACCCUUAG